AUGCGUAAAAGUCUGCCUGCAGACAAACCUCCUUGGGAGAUCAUCCUUGUUCAGAACAACAAACUCCUCAAGCAGCAGCAGCAGCAGCAACAGCAGCAGCAGCAGCAGCAGCAGCAGCAGCAGCAGGUGUUUGAGGUGUGGGAGUGGAGGAAGUACAGCACAGAAGAAGAGAGGGCAACAGCAAAAGAAAGAAAAGGUUUUACUGAUGUAGAGAGACACUGCAUCAUCAUCAGGGCUGAGCACUCAAUAGGAGACGGAGUCUCUCUUGUUGAGUUGGGUUUGAGGCUGCUAACAGACGAGAGGGGGAUUGUCUUGAAUGAGGUGGCGGAGCCUCCGGUGCUGAAGGCAGCAGCAGCAGCAGCAGCAGAACAUUUCUGUCUCCUUCCGACUCCAACAGCUCUUUUGCUGCGAUUGAUUGCGUCUGCUGCACCAAUGAGUUUGCUGCUGCUGAAGCAAAUUAAAACUGCAGCACAAGCUACUUUAAAUGAUGUCUUCGUUGCCGCAUUCACAGGGGCAGUCAGGCGGUAUUGUGAAUUGCAAGGGGACUUUCAGUUUUCUUCCUGCAAACCAAACAAGCUUCCAAAGGCGCUGCUUGCAUGCGCCUUCUACAGGCGGACUGCCGGCCUUCCGAAUUCUUCGCCUCUGUUGCUGCGCAAUCGGUUUACUUUGACUCCUCUUUCGCUGCCUGUACACUGCAAUGACCCCAAGGAACGACUGAAGAAAGUGAAGCAGGCUCCCGUAUAUUUUUGCGGGAGUGAGGUGACGGAGCUGCAGGUGGUGUAUCCCAAUUUAAUACCUCAGGUGCGUGUACACCUGACGCUUGCUGCGGUGUGCUGCUCUCCCGCUCCGCGGCAUGUGCUCCAGCAGCUGCAGCAGCAGCAGCAGCAGCAGCAGCAGGUGGAGAUGCGAAUGGAGGUAGAGGUGGUGUCUUACGCCGACCGAGUGUUUUUCUCGUUUGUCUUUGACCCCGCCAUCGUCGUCGAUGGACAUAAAAUACCCUCCCUAUUCACUGAUGAGGUGUACCGGCUUGCCGAUGCCUUCGGCAUCCCCCGACCGCCACAGGAGGCCCAGCACCAGCAGCAGCAGCAACAACAGCAGCAAGCAGCAGCAGCAAAAUAA